UAUACCUUUAUUAUAAUAUUCGAUAGUGAAGCAAACACCUCACCUUAUGAUUAAAGUAUGACCGGCAUAUAUCACAAGAUUAUUUCACAUUUUAAAUCCUAAGUCGUAAGUGUCGUGUUGUCAGUAUUUAGACCGAAUGGGUACAUUUAGUGGACAUGCUAUACCAGGAUCGUUUUUUAUUGUUUUUGCCAUCUGGUGGACAAUAUGCCAGUAUGAUCGAUACUACACCUGCCUUAAACGAAAUGCACAAUUUACGUCAACUCUCACAUAUCCACUUUCUUGUGGAAAAUUUAAGAUUCAAUUAUUUGAACCAAUCAUGAAAAUAACUCUGGCAACCAUUGGAAUAUGUGGAGAAAUUUAUACCGGAUUUGAUGAAGAUAAUGAACAUUUUAUUUAUCCUGGAAAUGCACAACAUGCGACAAUGUUUUGUGUGUUUGGAAUAGGAGCAGUGUUGGAUAUAUUAAUUCAUUAUAAGUGUAUAAUACCGAAGGACAUAGACUACACUGUUUUUAUUCUGUCUGUGGGUAUUGAAGGACUUUUAUUCCAUUUUCACCUGCAUGGAAGAAAUGCGCUAGAUACACGGAUACAUACUCUGUUGAUUUACGCCAUUGUGUUCAGUGUUAUCGCAGUCAUUUUGGAAAUGAAAUACCGAAAUAAUAUUUUGGCUGCUUUGACUAAGUCAUACUUCUUUUUCGUACAAGGAAUGUGGUUCUGGCAAAUAGGGUUUAUAUUAUAUAAUCCGUAUUCUGACGCACAACCAUUGAACCCGGAAGACGAUUUUCAGUUAAUGAUGGUGCCUUUGUAUUUUACAUGGCAUUGUGUAAUAGUACUCUUUAUAAUGCUUGGGAUUGGAUUUUUUGUUGCUUGCUACCAUAGACAUUUAUAUCAUAAAAAUGAAGUGGAUAAGUCCAGUUUGCAAAGUCUUUUGUAAAAAAAAAAUUAGUAACAGGUGAACUAUUAACAAGUGAAAAUUGCAAAUAUAGUAAAGACAUAAUUUAUGUUUAGUUAAAAAAAAACUAUAGAUAUUAUAUAUCUUAAUUAUUAAAUAAUGAGACUAUCUUCGUAAUACUAUUAUUAGCUCUGAAACCACACAAUGACGUAAGUGUAAUGUCGAUUGUUUUUUUUUUUGCAGAGUGUGAUUCCUAAAUCUAAUUUUAGGAUUUAAGUGUAAUGUAUUGCAGAGUGUGAUUCCUAAACCUGUUUUUAGGAUUUAUUCUUUUUUCUUUUUUGGGGGUUACUUUUUUUUACUUUUAUUUUUUUUUGUACUGUUUUUGCUUUUGUAUCUUCUUCACAUGAAUAGCAGGAAUUGCAUAAAACCACUCUCCUUCAACCAUUUGUAAGUCAGUCAAUAUGGAAUAAAUUUCCAGAUGUUUUAUGGUGUUACAAAAAAGAGACUGCAGAUACUAAAAGGGACAAUCAAAAGUCAUAAGUCGAAAGGAAACCGACACCACCACAGUGCUACAAAAAACGAAAAAAGACGAAAAGACAAAAACAACAGUCUACAAAGCACAAUCGAAAGGAUACAAGUGACAUACUCGUAUACUUCACAUAAGAGGGUAGUUAGCGUGACAGGUCUGUGGAUAAAUACCUGGGUCAGUCACCUUUUGGAAAACCGGAACUACAUUAGCAAUUAGGUCAUACUAUAUCAUGAUAAUAGAUGUUUUAAAAUUAUGGUACAGAUGCUUAAUAUAUGUAUAGCAAUAUGUCAAUACUCCAUUUUCCGUUAUUUUGAUGUUUUCCACGACUUUGACUUCAUCUCCGUUACGUAGUUAAUUUUCAUUACAGUACAUAAAAGAACUGUUACAUGUGUUCACUUUCAUUUUGUUGUCCGCAGAUGCAGGUUCACAGAUGUUUUUUCAAGUAACAUCUCCAUUUUUUGCUUGAAGCUGCACUGUAAAAAGGUCAUUAUAUAAAGCUGCUGUAGUGACAAUCAAUUUUAUAAUAUGCUUGUGUUUAUUAAAAUUAAUAUUUUUUAA